AGUUUUUCUUCAGAAGCGGUUUCCCUCCUUUUGGGGUUCCUGUCCUCCCAGGGCUCUCCAUGGCUCCCUAAUACUUUGCAAGGACCCCGAAGGGCCAACUGGCCCUCAUCAGAGGGAGCCCUGGUGGCAGAACGCAGUAUUGCAGGCUGACUCUGCCCACAGCCAGGAGUUCAGCCACCUGCUGAAGGUUGACUCAGCCUUCCAUCCUUCCCAGGCAGGUAAAAUGGGGACCCAGAUGGUUGGGGGGCAGAGGCUGACUCGGUAAACCGCUCAGAGAGUGAAGGAAGGAAUGGAGUGGAAGGGGAGGGGGCGUCCCACUGCCGGACCCCAAAUGCAGGGGAGGGGCGUGCUGGUUCCCCUCCGGGCUCUUGCUGAAGCACUGCGGAGGCGCGGCGAACGCCGGCCCGAGCCACGCGGAGGUCGGUGCGGCGGGGGCUCCACGCGCGGCUGCGACCCGCUUUGCGCCCGCCUGUCCCGCCUGCGGGUGCGUGCGCGCGUGUCCUUCCCGACGGCCAGCCGAGCUCCCCCGCUCUUGCUCGCUCCGCAAGGUGGGCAGAGGAGCCGCAGGCGGGAGAGACGCGCCCGCCCGGUCGCCGGCAGCCCCCCUCGCCCCCCGGCCAGCCCCACGCGGGCCACCUGCUGCCUCCGCCGCUGCAUUCAGGAGAGCCGGCGGGCACUGCGGAGCUCCCGGCGGGCAGCCUUCCUGGAGCCCCGACCGGCACCUCCGGCCAGAGAAGAGAAACUGAAUCCCUGGUUCCUUUCUGGGUGACCUUUCCUGCUCUGAUCCUGAGACGGCCGCCAGGAUGCCGGGGUUGAUCAACCGGACAACCAGCACCGUCCUCCCUCUGGCUGCCUCGGAGGUCACCUCCUGCGUCAGUGGCUACGCCUUUGGAAUGACUGCCUGCCUGUCCUACCACAACUCCGAGAACCAUCCUUUCGAAGGCUUGUUUGUCUAUCCCUUGGACGAACACACAACGGUGGUGGGCUUCGAAGCUGUGAUUUCCGAGCGGGUGCUGACAGUGCAGAUCAAAGACAAGGCGAGAAUUGAGGAGAGCUGCUUUGGUGAUGGAAGAACUCCAGAUGAGGAGGGCUGCAUAAUUCUGGAUGAAGACCUGGAAAGGAUCGCCUUUGUGGCCAACGUGGGCAUCGUUCCUUCCCAAGUGGACGUGUCCAUCUGCAUCAGCACCUCCUCUGAACUUCAGACCCUCCCAACCGGGGCCGUCAGGGUCCUCCUUCCGGCUGUCUGUGCCCCCAGAGUGCCCCAGAAAGCCACUGAUUUGACCACCGGCUUCUCUGGACACCCCCUUCCAUUCAGGGACAGGCACUACAGCGGGACACUGUCUCCAGAAGAAGCAGGGAAAUUUUGCCUGGCACAUCUCCUGGAAACCGAGACCACCAACCCCAUGGAGUACGAAUUCAGCUUCUCCCUGGAGAUCCGAGGGCCGUGUUUAUUGGCAGGGGUGGAAAGCCCCACGCAUGAGAUCCGAGCGGACGCCGACCCUUCGGCCAGGUCGGCCAAGAGCAUCACCAUCACCCUGACCAACAGACACACCUUCGACCGUCCGGUGGAGGUCCUGAUCCACCCGAGUGAGCCCCACAUGCCCCACGUCCUGAUGGAGGAGGGGGACAUGGCCCCUGCCCAGUACGAGCAGCACCUGAGGGGGCGGAGCGACUUCAUCAAAGGCACCAAGAAGGACCCCAGCGCCCAGAAAAAGACCGAAAUUAUCCGCAAAAGGCUUCACAAGGACAUCCCUCACCAUCCGGUGAUCAUGCUGAACUUCUGCCCGGAUCUGAAACGGGUGCAGCCAAACCUCCGGAAGACCCACGGAGAAUUCAUAUUUCUGGUGGACCGAAGCAGAAGUAUGGCUGGCACAAGCAUCGCUCGGGUGAAGGACGCGCUGGUGGUCAUCCUCAAGAGCCUCAUGCCGGGCUGUCUCUUCAACGUCAUCGGCUUCGGAUCCACCUUCAAGGCCGUCUUCCCUGCCAGCCAGGCCUACUCGGAGGAGAACCUGGCAGGGGCCUGCGAGAGCAUCAAGAAAAUCCGGGCGGACAUGGGCAGCACCAACCUCCUGCCGCCCCUGAAGUGGGCCCUCCGGCAGCCCAUCCAGCGGGGACACCCCCGCCUGCUCUUCCUGCUGACGGACGGGGCGGUGGGGAACACCGGCAAAAUCCUGGCGCUCCUGCGCAGCCAUGCCUUCUCCACCAGGUGCUACACUUUCGGCAUCGGCAAGAGCGCCUGCCGGAGGCUGCUGAAGGGCCUGGCCGCCGUAACCAAAGGGAGCGCCGAGUUCCUGGCCGAAGGGGAGCGGCUGCAGCCAAAGAUGAUCAGGUCUCUGAAGAAGGCCCUGGCACCGGUGGUGAGCGAUGUCUCCGUAGAUUGGGUGUUUCCCGAAACGACAGAAGUCCUGAUUUCGCCUGUCCACGCCAGCUGCCUUUUCCCAGGAGACCGUCUGGUGGCCUACAGCAUUGUGUGCGACACAUCCCUGUAUGUCUCUAACCCCCGGCUGGACAAGAGACGCCGUUACAGCAUGCUGCAUUCGCAAGAGUCAGGAAGCUCUGUUUUCUUCCAUUCACAAGAAGAAGAAGAAGGAGGGAGUGGAGGAGGAGGAGGAGGGCUGGAGAACUGGGAGGUCACCAAGGACCCCGGAAGUGGAUUUCCUUCGGAGAGGAGCAGCGGCGAGAUGGGAAGCGAAUCGGACAUAGAUUCAGGCUUAGACUCUGUAACGACAUCCCAGCGAAGGGCCUACAGCACCAGUCAGGUUGCUGACUGGGAGCCUCCCCAGAAGCUCCCCACGGCCAGCGACUCCGGCUCUGUGCCGAGGGCAAAUCCCCUCCGGAAAGCCCACCUGCAGGACCUCAGCCAAAUCGCUGCAGGCGCUCAGCCCUGGCAGGGGGAGCUUCAGCCUCUCACAGCCAGCCGCCCCCCAGCAACCAAGAUCCGUGGAGUGGGUGCACGGCGGCCGUCUCUGCUCCAGGACCUGCGACAGCUGCACCGGGACCCCACGCAGGCAGCCGCGGGGACAGGACCGGGGUCCCAAGACACCAACUCCCUUCCCGAGUUCACAUUUUCGGACAGCCGAAGCCCUGGAGAACUGGAGUCUGCCCAGCAUCCUUCCUUCCACUUUGAAACAGAGGCCGCCUCGGAUUGGGACCUUCCUGAUCCGGAACCGGGUUCUUCGGGCGGUGGUGGCUGGAGGGGGUCUCGAAGGUCGCUCUGCAAGGCCCUGGUGAAGGGGCUCCAGAACGGGGAACCCGUCAAGUGGGAGAUAACCUUCGACCUCAGUGGCCUCUUCCAAAGCAGAGACGGCAAGGGCCAAGGAGGAGGAGGAGGAGGAGAAGAAGAAGGAGGAGGAGACAUCUGGAAUGAGACUUUCCACCACCUGGCCGCCAAGUCCAUCAUCCAGGACUUUGAGCAGCUGGCCGAGAGGGAGUUUGAGAUUGAGCACGGGUCCGGGCGGAGGUACCAAGCCAACGCCGUGCACGCCAGCAAAUCUUGCAAUGUGAUCAGCAAAUUCACGGUGUUUGUGCCGGUGGACCUGAGCAGCAACAGCUAUUUGCCAACCCUUGUUAAAUAUCCCCGUACAGGUCUGCUGAUGAAGUCGUCCAGCCAACUGGGCUCCAGGUUCGAGAGCCGACGGCACCGAAGACUCUCGGCUAGCUCGGGGCGGAUUCAUGACGGAGUAGACGGUGGGCCGCACAAUGCAAAUGCAGAAGAGAACAUUUUGUCUCCUUCUGGCUCACUGCCUUCCUCUGGAAGGGAUCGCCACAGUUUUCCAGACGGGUCACUACGCAGCCCAUCGGUUUCCUCUCAAAAGUCCAUUGAAAACUUCUUUGGCGCCAGGCUGACGUUUAACAAAACCAGGCUGCUGACCAAGGCUGCCCGGGGCUUCAUGGGAAAACUCCCCGCAAAGAGCAACGAGCUCAGUUCGGAAAAUGACAAUGACAGUGUUGAUUAUCUGCCACUGGUGUCUCUCCAGCUGGCCUCUGGCUCCUUCCUCUUGAACAAGGCCUUCUCUGAGGCCAUCAACAUCCCCCUGGAGAAGCUCAGGUGGACCUCGCCGUUUGCUUGCCACCGCAUGGACCUCAGUCCUUCCACCAGCUCCAGGAAAGUGGAAGGUCCAGGAGAAGCCAAGGGCACAAGUGUGGCUGAUGUUCCAGAGAGACAUAUCCACGAAGAGGCUGAGAAGAAGGCUGCCCUGCAGGGACAUCCUUCUGGAGGCCCAGCAGAAAGCUCCUCCCGAGUCCCCAAGGCCGAGGGCAGCCUGUCCCCUCCCUCCAUCACCAUCCAGAGCUUCUCCACCCCAGAGAGCGGCCCGUCCCCGCCCGACAGCAGCCGAGGCUCAGAGACGGAAACCUCCGAGCUCCAGGCGUGGCUCUUCGAUGUUGGCCUCCAGCAGCAGGCCGAUCCAGAGGGGAUGCUCUGGGCCACGGCGGUAGCCUUGGCGUGGCUGGAGCACAGCUCGGCCUCCUACUUCAUUGAGUGGGAGCUGGUGGCCGCCAAGGCCAGCCGAUGGCUCAGUGAGCAAGACAUCCCAGAAGGGCGAAACCUGCUGGCCCUCAAAACAGCUGCUCAACAGCUGUUUGUGCUGCUCCGGCACUGGAACAAAAAUCUGCAGUUCAACUUGUUGUGUUACAACCCGAAGGAUGUCUAGGAAGAGGGUGAGCAGAGGUAGGAAGGCCUGAAGCUGGCCUGGGCCCCAGCUCCACCCAGUUCCAGCCAGGCUGGUGGCCGUCCGGUUGAUGCCAGGGGCGCCUCUGGAUCCCAGUGAACUCCAUCUCCCAUCUUUCUCCAGCCGCGUCGCAUAGAGCUGGCAUCUGACGCAUCCGGAGGACCCUGGCUGGGGAAGGUUGGCAGGGGUCUCUGAUACCAGCCUCGUCCCCGAGUCUUUCUCUGGUCCUGCUGUUCAAGUGUCGACCUUCUGCGUCAUUUUGUAUUGUGCUUCUGAGCAUGCAAAGCCCCCGCAGUGGUUGUGUUCCCUGAGGUGGGGAUUGUGGCUGUGCUUCACUGGGAGGAAGAUCACCAGAAAAGUGCCCCCUCCGCCCUCUGGACCCCUCCAGGCUAGACUUCAGGUUUUCAGGAAAAAGUUUCUCCGAAGCCAGGAGGGUCCCGGAGCUGGGACAGGAGACGAUCCAUGGGGUUGGGCGAUGGGCAGACAGCUGAGUCUGGGGAGCCCAAGUGGCAAGGGGGAGGCAUAGAAAGACCAGGGGGGCAUGCAGAGCCUACCUUUGGGUCAGGCUCUUGGGACGGCCAAGCAGUGGGCGGACUAGAGGAUCCUCAAGGUCCCUUCCAACUCUGUUAUUCUGUCUUCUAUAUCCUAAGAUCCAUACUCAAAAUAAGGACAAAUUUGUUGGUUGUGGAAAGUAUAAAGCAAUGGAAGAAUCUGCUCGCAGAAGUGGUGGGUGCUCCAUCAGUGAAGGUUUUUAAGAAGAGAUUGGACAGCCAUUCGUCUGGAAUAGUAUAGGGUCUCCUGCUUGAGCAGGGGGUUGGACUAGAAGACCUCGGAGGUCCCUUCCAACUCUGCUAUUCUGUUAUUCUGGGAUGUUACCUGAAUCUUAACCACAGCAUCUGCUUGCCAAUUCAACGUUAUUACGGCUCUUUUCUCUCUCACACUUUAUUUCUUCUGCAAGAUUGUAAAGGAAAAAGAAAAAAGCAUGACCAAUUGCUAGAGAGGUUCCUCCGUCGAUGUUUUGAUCGCUAGUUUCAGUCGUGCCCCGUGUGGGCAUCGGAAAAAGGGCAACAUCUGAUGUGAAGGAAGGACACCUCGCCCUGCAUACAAUUCUAACAAAGUUAGCAGCGAGGAUUUUCUUCAGUUUCACUUUUUUUUUUUUUUUGUCUCUUUGUUGGUUUCUUAACUAUUUUUUUUUUCAUUUGUGGCUGCUUCAGUGGCUUAAUAAACCGAGAACUAUUGAAAAAGAGUGUGUAUGUGAGUUUGUUAAGCCCCCAAAUACUCCCAAGAAAAAGCAUUGAAAGGGGGGUUAGUCUGGGCAGCCAUUUGUUCAGAAUGGUGUAGGGUCUCCUGUUGGGCAGGGGGUUGGACUGGAAGACCUCCAAGGCCCCUUCAAGCUUAUUUGGCAAUUUUUUGUGCUGCGGUUCCUGCUUGCGUCUCAUCUGAAUCACCUUGUGGGUUUCCUUUUCACCCCACAAAACAAGGGGUUGAAGAUGCAUUUUCUUGUAGGCGCCACACUCUCUCUCUUUCUCUCUCUCUCUCUCUCUCUCUCUCUCUCUCUCUCUCUCUCUCUCUCCAUUCCUGGUAAAGCCACCAGGGGGCACUGCUGGGCUCCAAAUUGCUUGGGGGGGUUCCUUUUCUGUUGCUCAGGAAACGAGAGAGGAGCUCUGCGCUGAGCCAAGGAUGCUGUACACUUUACUCCUCUCCCUCCCUCCCCCCCCCCAUCCACAAUCAACAUGAGGUUUUGAAUCACCCAGUCCCACAGGUGCUUUUCCCAAAGGGCAACUGGACUGUCUUGGUUGCUGUUUUUCCUUUGAAAAUAGUAAUAGUAAUAGUAGUAAAGUUGGAAGGGACCUUGGAGGUCAUCUAGUCCAACCCCCUGCUCG